AUGGAAUCCAUGAUGGCACAACAAGCAAUGGGCCCGGCCUUCUUCUACUACAGCCCAGACCCCAACCCAGAGAACAGGCACCACGGGCACUUCAUCCCUCACCCUCAGCCUCAAUCACACCACGCACACCCAUACGCACCCCACGCGAUGCCCCAACAGAUGCAGAUGUUCCCUCAGGUGCCGGUGCUCCCCUCGACACCACUGCCCUCAACGCCAGGCUUCUCCAGGCCCAGCUCUUCAUGCUCACAGCCGCCCAUGCACACCCAGGGAAAGCACAGCUUCACCAGUGCUCCCCAGCAACAGGUGCUCACCCCUCAGGCGUCCCCAGUCCGGGUUCACCAGGCCCUCCACAGGCCAACAAUUGUCCUGGACACGGUCAAGUUCGACGAAUCUGAGGGCAUGUGCUACCCCCAGACCCCACCACUGUCAGCCGCAGGCAGUGUCAUGGGCAGCCCUGGCAGCUGUGAUAUGCUGGCGACGCCUCUCAACCCCAUGUUCUCGGGCCUUGAGGGCACACCGAUGGGUAUCAAGGAGGAAGUCGAUGUUCUGCCCGUUGAGCAGUUCCCCAUGCUCGAGUGGAACACAUGCUCCUCGCCGCCAAUGACACCAAUGUACCUGCCCCAGCAGUCGCCAUACCAGGCACACGCCCAGGCGCAGGGCCCGGCUCAAGCUCAGGCACAGGCCGCCCAGCCCCAAUUCUGCGCAUCCGCGCCCGCAUCCCCUGCUCCGGGCCACCAGACCGACCUCGCCAUCACCAGCUCGUCUAUCUCGUGCCCAUCUCUCUCCCCCUGCCCCUCGCCCUAUGCCGCUUCAGAGCAGGGCCUUGACUUCUGCGAUCCUCGCAACCUGACCGUCGGCACCGUCAACCCCACCCUUGCACCCGAGUUCUCCGCCCUGCCAACCUUGUGCGCCGGUGACAACGAGGAGCAAGACCUUGUGCUCAGGGGCGACGCAUACGGCCAGCAGCAAACAUCUCCUGCGACCUCGCAGUCGGCCUCCGUCACCUCCUUCUCCGAGGUCACUCCCCCGGUCCCCCACGGCCUGCCAAUCUUUGACGACUUCUCCGACCUCGACUCCGAGGACAGCUUCGUCAACGGCCUCGUCAACCUUGGCGAGCAGCAGGCACAGGCUUCCCAGGCCAGGUCGCGAUCCAGCUCCGGCGCCACCUCCCACAGCUUCUCCGACUACUCCGAAUACAACGAUUCCUUCGGCAUGCCCUCGCCACCCGACUCAGCUGCAAGCAGCGGCGACGGCCACCGCCAGAAGCGGAUCAAGACGGAAGGCGCCGCAGAUGCCGAGCAGAGCAGCUCAGAGCACCAGCAAAGCACCCCCGAGCACCAGCACCAGAGUGGCAGCGCGGCCCCCGAGUCCACCACUCCCAACAACUGCGGUGGCUCAUCUGGCGCCUCCGACAACGGCAGCACCCCACAGGUUCCCCCUUCAGGCCCCAACCGUCGCGGACGUAAGCAGUCCCUGACCGAGGACCCCUCGAAGACAUUCAUCUGCGAGCUCUGCAACCGUCGCUUCCGCCGACAGGAGCACCUGAAGCGCCACUACAGGUCCCUCCACACCCACGACAAGCCCUUUGAGUGCAACGAGUGUGGCAAGAAGUUCUCGCGCUCCGACAACCUCACCCAGCAUGCACGCACCCAUGGAUCGGGCGCCAUUGUCAUGAACCUGAUCGAUGACCCCAACAUGGCUGCCGCGUACGGCCACCCACCACCAGGCAUGUCCUACGCGCCUGCCAUGAGCGGACCCCCAGGCCCAGAGGAGUACAGCCACUUCGGCAAGGUCCUCUUCCAGGUGGCCUCCGAGAUGCCCGCCAAUGGCAGCGACAUGUCGUCAAAUGAUGAGGACAGCAACGGCAAGAAGAAGAGGAAGCGAUCCGACUAG